CAAAAAAAAUUUAUUUAAACACUCACAUAAGGAUUCACACAGGUGAGAAGCCUUUUACAUGUAUUAGUUGUGAAAAACGUUUUACUGACAGAAGAAGUUUAACUUCUCACAUGUGGGUUCACACAGGGGAGAAGCCUUUCACCUGUAUGACUUGUAGAAAAGGUUUCACAUUGAAGAGUAGUUUAGAUAUUCACAUGAGAAUUCACACAGGUGAGAAGCCUUUCACAUGCACAACUUGUGAAAAACGUUUCUCACAGAAAUGUCAUUUAACUUGUCACAUGAGAAUUCACACAGGGGAGAAGCCUUUUACAUGUAUGACUUGUGGGAAAAGUUUCACUCUGAAAAGCAGUUUAAUGACUCACAUGAGAAUUCACACAAAUGAGAAGCCUUUCACAUGUGUGACUUGUGGAAAAAGUUUCAAUCAAAAAUGUAGUUUAGAUCUCCACUUGAGGACUCACAUAGGUGAGAAGCCUUUUCCAUGUAUGACUUGUGGCAAACGUUUCACUCAAAAAUGUAGUUUAGAUAUCCACUUGAGGAUUCACAGAGGUGAGAAGCCUUUUUCCUGUAUGACUUGUGGCAAAAGUUUCAUUCAAAAAUGUAGUUUAGAUAUCCACUUGAGGAUUCACACAGGGGAGAAGCCUUUUUCCUGUUUGAUUUGUGGCAAAGGUUUCUCUCAAAAACGUAGCUUAGAUAUCCACUUGAAGACUCAACAUGGGUGAGAAGUCUUUCACAUGAGUUAGUUGUGGAAGGAGUUUCACUCACGAAUGUAUGUCAACUUCCCACAUGAGGAUUCACACAGGUGAGAAGCCUCUCUCAUCUAUUACUUGUUUUAAAAGUUUCACUCAUAGAAAUAGUUUAUCAUUCAUAUGAGAAAUCACAGUGGUUAGACUGUUUAAUAUGAAAC